AGCAGACCGCGGCCUGGCCUGGACCGCAGACCCGGAGGGACAGAGCCGGGCGCUCACCAGGCUGCCAGAACAGCACUGGGGUGAGCACCCCGUCCUUGGGUCCAUGUGCCCACCCCAAGCCCAGGCAGAGGUGGGUCCCACCAUGACAGAGAAAUCCGAGGUAGUGCGUGCUCCCAGCCCAGUGCCUGCCCCGCCCCCUAAACCCGCGUCACCGUCACCGGGGCCCCUGCCCCCAGAAGAGUUGGACCACAGGGGCGGCUCCCCCACCAGGCUACCCCCAGGCGUGCCAGUGAUCAGCCUUGGUCACACUAGGCCCCCAGGGGUAGUCAUGCCCACCACAGAACUCAGCACCCUUCGGCCACCUUUGCUGCAUCUCUCAGCCCUGGGAACCGCCCCAGCCACCCUGGCUCUACAUUACCACCCUCACCCCUUCCUCAGCAGUGUCUACAUUGGACCGGCUGGACCUUUUAGCAUUUUCCCCAGCAGCCGAUUGAAGCGGAGACCCAGCCACUGCGAGCUGGACCUGGCUGAGGGGCAUCAGCCCCAGAAGGUGGCCCGGCGCGUGUUCACCAACAGCCGCGAGCGCUGGCGGCAGCAGAACGUGAAUGGCGCCUUCGCUGAGCUCAGGAAACUGCUGCCGACUCACCCGCCCGACCGGAAGCUGAGCAAGAACGAGGUGCUCCGCCUGGCCAUGAAGUACAUCGGCUUCCUGGUGCGACUGCUGCGCGACCAGGCAGCUGCCCUGGCCUUAGGUUCCGCCCCCCCUGGGCCGCGAAAACGGGCGGCGCAGGGAGGCCCCGGCUCAGGACGCAGCGCCGAGGCGGAGACGCGCGUGCAGCCCAUGGUCCCAGCAGACUCGGACGGCAGCCCUAGCGGUGUAGCCCGGCCCAUCAAAAUGGAGCAAGUGGCCCAGAGUCCGGAGGUGCGGUGACCUUGUGCAGCGACGGCGUCUCUGAGCUGGGGGGCCCUGGAAACUCAGCCCGGAGCCGUCCGUGCAAACGGCGGACGCCUAGCAUCACUGCUCCGGAACAAGCUCAAGCUCCCUGGACGGCAGCGGAGUGAGGACGUUUCCGAAAGAAAGGGGAGCUGUCCUAGGGAUCAGGAAGGGCAACUGUCGCCCCCAGGGUACCCGCGGGCUGUUUUUCAAAAACCGCUGGAAGUAACAUUGCCUGUGUCCCCGUCCUGGGGGCGAGGUCACGAAACAGGCCAAGCGGCCUCGGACUCUCGUGGUGCCUCGCUUUUCAGCGCCCGGGUCGAAGAAGGCCGCGAGGGGCUGAGGAACCAGCGCCUUCCCACUAGCGCCCCCUCCCGGCGGCGGGAGGACGUGUGCCCUGGACGGGGCGGCCCCGCCGACUCCACUUGACCCCCGCGCGAUAGCGUCUGCGAAAGCUCAGGCACAGUUGCUUUUUUUUUCUUUAUUUCUUUAUUUCACAUACACAUUAGCCAUUCAAUGGAGAAGCCAGAGAGUCAGGCAAAGAUGGUAUAACAGAAGCGCAGUGACGGGGCGGGGCGGGGCGGGGCGAGAGGGGACAGACGGGCUGGCUACUUGCAUUCCGCUAGGACACUGAAAACCCAGAAAACAAAACAGACAGUAAACUACCCUUGUUUCUUAUGUAUCUCAGUGCAGAGACGGGGCAGAGGGCAGGAGGGACCAGGCUGAAGGAGGAGGCGCAGAGGGAGGGGCGCUAAGGGGAAGCACACCAAUCCAUUAGUACUAUAUAUAGAUACUCGUAUAUACUGCGUUUCUUAGCCUAAGAAGAAACUUGUUUGACGGGACGGGCGGCCUUGCGGUCCGCAAUGCUGGUGCUGGUCGGGCGCACGGAUCUCCCGGGAGGGGCAGAAGCGGGGCUGGCCCAGGCUGGCUUGCGAGGGGAUGGGGGCGCCCCGAGGGGGGGGGAGCAGAGGCGGGGCUGGGGUGCCCCUCGGACUCUAGAUUGGGGGACAAAAGUUCUCGUGACUUUAUUGCUCCUUUAUUUUCUCUCGUGUGUGUGUGUGGGGGGUCCAUUCGGCACGGUCAGGUGGAGAAGCAGUGGGUCGUCUGAGCCACCAGGCCCCUCUGGGUCCCAGAGCGCGGCGUCCGCUCCGCCAGCACGGGGGUGAGAACAAGGCACUAGGUCGGCCGGCCAGCGCGGGGCGGGUGUGUAAGGCAGUCACGGGCGGGCGGGCGGGGCGGGGGCUGUGCGGCCGUGUGCGUGCGUGCGUGCGGGCGCCGGCCUGGGCCGUCGGGCUGGCGAGGCCUGCCCUGGAGCAGCGAGCCUCGG